AUGUCUUAUCAAUACAAUAAUCAGCAGCGACAAUACAGUUAUGCACCUCCACCCCCUUCUUACGGAGGUGCACCGCCUCCACCACCACAUUUGCAGCAGCAACAGCAGUGGCAGUAUCAACAGGCAUCAUCUCAACAGAGUCGUCGGCAAACUGCUCCGCCUAGUGCUGGCGUUGAUCCAAUGUUGUAUCAUUGGUUUCAGGCAAUCGAUACUGACAAAAGUGGUACCUUGACUACGGAGGAAUUGCAAAGGGCUUUGCUUAAUGGUGACUGGAGUCCGUUCAAUAUGGAGACUGUGCGAUUAAUGAUGAAUCUGUUCGACACAGAUAACGACGGGACGAUUACGUUUAAAGAAUUUACCGGUCUUUGGAAAUAUAUAGAAGACUGGAAGCGUUGUUUUCAAACUUUUGAUGCCGAUGGUUCAGGAACAAUUGACUUUAAUGAACUAAAAACAGCACUUAAAACAUUUGGAUACAAUCUAAGUGACAGCUUUAUUGAUUUAUUGAUUAAGAAAUAUGAUAAAUAUGGUAACGUUCACAGCUUAAGAUGGUGUUGA